AGUUUUUAUUUGUACAAGCCGGGGGUUUUAAUGUGAAGAAACAGCAAUAGAAGACUAGACCUGGUUUCUUCGGUUGUGACUUCGUGGACGCUGAAACAACAUCCAACAUGGCAUCAAUUGAGGAGGACUUUCCUCGAGGAGGAGCAGCAAGGAAGCCCACUGAGAGUAAAAUAGUGGUGGAGAAAACACAAGUGGACAACCUGUUUCAGUCGAAUGAACAAACUGAACCGAAGAAAAGAAAGGAAUUCACCAAAGAUGACAGCAAAAAACUCAAGAAGCAAAAGACGGAUGGCGAUAAAAGAGGCGAGCUGACUCUCAACGCAGCAGCUAAAUGUGUGGAAAUUCUGCACAUCAAGAAUGUAAAAGAGGGCAUGCUGAUGCUGGGCUGUGUGAAGGAGGUGACAGACUUUGAGGUGACGGUCGGCCUGCCUUGUGGCCUGCGAGGCUUCCUUAGCAUCAAAAACAUCUGUGCCUCAUACACCAAGCUGCUCACGGAGCAGCUGGAUUCAGAUGACACAAAUGAGCUCUGCUCUCUGCCACACCUUUUCCACCCUGGCAUGGUGCUCAGAUGCAUAGUUGCCAAGUUGGACACAACUAAGGGAGGAUCCCUCAGCAUCCAGCUGUCAGUCAAUCCAAAGCUGGUCAACAAGAGUCUCACCUCAAGUUCCCUGAAAGCUGGAAUGGUAUUGAGUGGCUGUGUGGAGAGUGUGGAAGAUCAUGGCUGCAUUAUUGACAUUGGUGUCAGUGGGACCAAAGCUUUCCUGCCCCAGAAAGCCAUAAAAGCAAAACAAAUCCAACCAAAAGAGCUGAAAGUGGGCCAGUACAAGACUUUUCAAGUAGAGGAAGUAAGGAACAAUGGGCGUAUGGUCCAGCUUUCUGUGAACCACCCCAGCGUCGCUCAAGCCUGUGCAGAGCUCAGUCAAGGCUGGAACCUCACAAACCUUCUACCAGGUCUUCUGGUCAACGCUACCGUCAAAAAGGUGACCAAACAUGGGCUUCUCCUGAGCUUCCUGUCCUCCUUUAGCGGCCAGGUGGACUUUCUGCACAUGGAGCCUGAGCAGGGAUCCAGAUACACGGAGGGACUUCAGGUGCAAGCAUGUGUGCUGUAUGUGGAGCCGUCCACCCGCCUGGUGGGCAUGAGCCUGCGCGGCUACCUGCUCCAGCCUGAGACCGGUAUCGACUUCUCUCCCGCUGGCGGCGACCGCAUCGGUGAGGUGGUGAAAGACUGCAAAAUGAUGGCCAUGCACCACGUUUCCGGAGCGCUGCUGGAGCUUCCAGACAAGACGCCAGUCUUUGUACACAGGAACCAUCUAAAGGAGCUAAACAAGCCGGCCAAUGAAAACAAAGUAUUUGCGAGGCCUGAGCACAUCUGCAGGAUCCUGGACUGGAGUCCGAUGGAGCAAAUUCACUUUGCCACUUUACGGAAGAGCGUGAUUGAAAAGCCUUUUUACCGAUACCAUGACCUUCAGGCCGGCCAGGUGGUGGAGGGGACGGUGUCCGUCCUGCUGAGUCAUGGGAUGGUGGUGCAUCUGUCAAACCACAUUAAAGGGCUGGUACCAAGAACACACCUCGCCGACAUUGUUCUCAAGAACCCAGAGAAGAAGUAUGUGGAGGGCAUGAAGGUGAAAUGUCGGGUGCUGUCAGUGGAUGCACAGAGCAAUAGCAUGUACCUGAGCAGGAAGAAGGCUCUGGUUGAAAGUUCGCUGCCGCUCUUCCUCAGCUUCACGGAUGCUCGUCCUGGCCGCGUGUCCCACGGCUACAUCGUGUGCAUCAAAGGCUUUGGCUGCAUUGUUCGAUUUUACAACGAUGUCAAGGGCCUGGUUCCGCUCAGUGAGCUCAGCUCUGAGCCGGUCGUCAACCCCGAGGAGGUCUUUUAUGUUGGUCAGGUUUUAAAGGCUAAAGUUCUCCAGUGUGAUCCUGUGAAGGAGAAGCUGCUGCUGUCAUUUAAGGCAGCAGCAGAGGGAGACACAGAGGAAGAUCCUAAAACUCAGUUUGACUGUGAAGUAGGAAAGAGGCUGGAAGCGAAGUUGGUGAAAAAGUCAGUCAACGCUCUGGAAGUGGCCAUCCUCCCUGAUGAGGUCCAUGCAGUCUUGCCCAUAAUGCACCUGUCUGAUCAGGCGUCCAACUGCCAUUUGCUGUGUGAGAGCCUGCAGGAAGGAGAUAUCAUCUCCAACCUCGUUUGCUUUAACAGGAGCAAGAAGAAUAUUACUCUGACCAAGAAGCCAACAGUGAGAUGGUCACUGGAAGAUGGAGUUAUAGCCAAAGAUUUCUCAGAGAUCACCGUUGGGAUGCAGCUGGUUGGCUGGAUCAAGAACAUCAUGCCCUACGGUGUUUUUGUAGAGUUCCCAUGUGGACUUACUGGUCUUGCACCCAAAUCGGCCAUGGCGGACAGGUUCAUCACUGACACCACAACCGCUUUCCAGCUGGGCCAGACGGUCAUCGCUAAAGUGACCAACCUGCACGAGGAGAAGCAGCGGUUCCUGGUCACCCUGAAGGUGUCGGAGCUCAUCUCUCCAGAGAGAGAUGCUCAGACCAGACUCAUCAACGGUCUGCAGGAGAGAAAAGCUGUGAAUGAAAUGUUAGCUGGGAGAGUUCUAGAUAACAAUGAACUUCGCCAGGAUUUAGCUGCUCUGAAUGUCGGUCAGAAGCUGAAGUUGACGGUUGCCUCUGUGAAGGACAGUGGGGCCACAUUUAAGUCUGAUGACCUGAUUGGUGCCACUUUUGUAGCUACGAAGCAACACAUCGCAGGUGUUAAUCUGACUGCAGGACAAAAAGCUGCCGUGCUCAUCCUUCACGUAGAUGUCUUAUCCGCUUGUGUGCACGUCUCCGUGUCUCCCAAACUGGUUGGGAAGAAGAAGUCUGUGACUGAGGGAUUAAAAUACACGGCGAUGGUACAGUACAUAGACAACGAGUUUGCCAUCGUCUCGCUGGGUGACACAUCCCAGCUGACCGUGAUUCAAACCAGCAGCCACCUUAAUGACGCCAUCCUGCCGGAGGCAGACAGGCUGAAGGUGGGGACGACCUUGGAAGUUGAAGUUUUAGAGCCCAGUCAUGACGAGCUGCGAGGGCUCCCCCUGGUGUCGUGGGAACGGAGCGCACCAAGACGCCAACGCACAACCUCAGAAAACCAGACGGGUUCAAAAGGUCACCGCUUUGGGGAAAUCCUGAAGGGCACAGUGCGCACAAUUAAGCCCGCUUGCAUCCAGGUGAAGUUGGAGGAUGGAAGCACCGGCAGCGUGCACGUGUCGGAGGUGGUGGAAGCUGCUGACGUGCGCCUGGGAUCCUUCCCAACAUCCUCAGUAAAAGUGGGCAGCGUGGUCACUGGCAGGGUCAUCGGAGGUCGAGAAGUCUCCAGUCAUAGAUUUCUGCCUUUCUCGCAUCCCAGAUUCACCUACACCAUUCCUGAGCUCACACUUAUACCCAGCAAACUGGAUAAGUCUGUCGAUUUAAAAUCUGUUGGAGCAGAAGAAAAACUAAGUAGCUAUAUGGUCGGGGAGGAAGUUACAUGCUUUGUAUCAAAGUUUAAAUCGGACAGGAAAUGUUUGGAGCUCACCUUCGACCCUUGUGUCACAGGCACAGUUGACCUGCUCGCCAUGAUCACGGAUCCUAAAGACGCCAGCCACCCAGAGAAACUGUACAAGCUGGGCCAGGCAGUCCGGGCCAAAGUGGUGGAAGUGAGAGCCAAACCUCAUCGCUUCGUGCUCUCGCUUACAGGUGUCCAUCAGCUGGAGAAAGGGAGCACUACGUUGGGAAUCGUGAUCAAUAUUCUGCCACAAACUGGCCUCUUGGUUAAACUUCCCUUUGGUGGCAUGGGUACCGUUUCUGUCACGGACCUCGCUGACGCCUACAGGCCAAACCCGCUGGAAAUAUACAGCAAAGAUCAACUUAUCAGGUGUUACCUCCUCGAUGAAAGAAAUGGAAAGUGGCAGUUGUCUCUGCGUCCAUCCAGGCUGAAUCCAGAGCAGGCCAAGCCAGUAAAGGACGCAGAAGUGGUUUCUUUAGACAAACUGGAGGUGGGACAGAUCAUCAGAGGCUUCGUCAAGUCUGUGGGGGAGCAGGGCAUCUUCAUCAGGUUGGCACGAAACAUCACAGGAAGAUCCCAACUUCAGCAGUCCACCAGGUUCUUUGUGAGCAACCAGAAAGUCCUUUCAGAGCACCUGCCUCCCAACACUCUCCUCACCACCAAAAUCCUCAGUAUUGACAAAAAGGAGGAGUUUGUCGACCUCUCUCUGCUCCCCGAGGACACCGGGAAGCCAGACAUCCUCCCAGAAUCCCUCGGCCUGCCACUGCGUCUCAUGGGAGAGGAGAAAAAGAAGCAUGACAUGAAAAUGAGCAGGAAACGUUUGCUGUCUGGGAGUGAGCAGAAACUACCAGAGUCCCAGGCUGUGAAUAAAAAGAGAAAGAAGGAAAAAAAGAAGGCAAGAACUGAUGGCAAUGACAGCGGGGUGGAGGUGUACUUCAGAGAAGAAGAGGAUGAAGAAACUGGAGAAAAAGCAGAUCCUGGAAAAGUGAUCCCAAGCUCAUCGGGUGUAAGCAGACUCCAGGUUCCUGCUGGUUUCUCCUGGGACGUAGGGCUCAGCUCGCUGAAGCCGACUGCAACACAGGACGAGGACUCCAGUGAUGCUGAAGAGCAAGAAGCCGGGGCCAAGCAUCAGAAGAAGUCUCGCUAUGAGCUGGAGCAGGAGAAGAAGGCAGCGGAGAAGGCUCUGGUGCAGCGGGAAGCUGAGCUGAUGGAUCCCAGCCUGCGGCCCCAGGACGCUGCUGCGUUCGAGCGUCUGCUCCUGUCCUCGCCCAACAGCUCGCUGCUUUGGCUCCAGUUCAUGGCCCAUCACCUGCAGGCCACUCAGAUCGAGCAGGCGCGCGCCGUGGCCGAGAGAGCCCUAAAAACUAUCUCCUUCAGGGAAGAGCAGGAGAAGCUGAACGUGUGGGUGGCCCUGCUGAACCUGGAGAACAUGUACGGAACAGCAGAGAGUCUCAAAAAAGUGUUUGAGCGAGCGGUGAUGUUCUGCGAGCCAAUGCCGGUACACCAGCAGCUGGCCAACAUCUACGCCAGUUCCAACAAAAUCAAGGAGGCGGAGGGCCUCUACAAGACGAUGUUGAAGCGUUUCCGUCAGCACAAGGCGGUGUGGGUGAGCUACGGGACCUUCCUGCUCCAGCAGGGUCAGAGCGACGCUGCCAGUGUUCUCCUCCAGAGGGCGCUGAAGAGUCUUCCCGCCAAAGAAAGUGUGGAUGUGAUCGCCAAGUUUGCUCAGCUGGAGUUUCGUUACGGAGAUGCAGAGAGAGGUCGCAGCAUGUUUGACAAAGUUCUGACGAGUUACCCGAAACGAACAGAUCUGUGGUCUGUUUUCAUUGACCUUAUGGUCAAAUAUGGAUCACAGACGGAUGUCAGGGCUCUCUUCGAUCGAGUGAUUCACCUCAGUGUUUCCGUGAAGAAGAUCAAGUUCUUCUUCAAGCGCUACCUGGAGUACGAGAAAAAGCACGGCACUCCUCAGAGCAUACAAACAGUCAAAGAAAAGGCCAUGGAGUUUGUGGAGGCUAAAGGCACAGAGGUUUCUAAGUAAAAGCUGAUAUGAACUCAUGAGCUGCGUGUGUCGGUGAACUUCAAUUUGACUGGAGGUCUCCAUGAAGGUUCCUCCUCAAGAUGAUGUUUUUUAGCUUGUUGUUUUUUUUUAUAUAAAUGAUACAUUAAUGGCUCAAGUUUGCAAGACAGAACAGACCUUUGUAAGAUGUGUUAUCAUCUAUAAAUGGUAAAGUCAAGCAAUUUUAAACAUGAAAAGAUACACUUUAAAAAAAAAAGAUUAAAGUACAAACAUUUUACUGUUUUUGGUUUGUUUUCCCCCUCAAAAUAAAUUCAGCACAACUACAAUACAUUACAUGACACUUUAUUUAAAAUACAAAAUAACAAUAUAUAGGGAGACGUUUACAUACAAUACAUACGGGCAAGACUAGUUUCCUAUCGGUCUCUUUUUUUGUUUUUGUCUUUUUCUAGAAAGAGAAGGGGCCUGGGGCAUGGUGACAUUAAAUCUUCAUGGUUGUAAUCCAGCUGGUCUUUGUGUCAGGCAGAAGUUGUGGGGACCUCUGGCUGCUGAAGCAUUUCAUCUACAUUGGCAGUAUUGAAGAUGCAUGUGUGGCACAGAGUUAUAGAGUUAUUGACAUGAUUUGUGCUGGCUGUCCUGAUAACUCUCCUGAGAUCAUAGAGGUAUCCGCACUCAUCCCGCAGUCUAGUGUCCCGUCCAGGGCUCUCCGGUGAUGUUUGUCUCCGGCAGCGCUGCAACAACUCAUCCAGGGACAGUGGCAAUGAUAUGCAGCUGUCUAAUGUGGCUCCUUUUUCCUGUCUUUUUUUUCUUAACUUUGUAUUUAUUUAUUUUUUUGGUGAACAGUGCAACAUGGAAGUAGAACUAGGAACAUUUUUAUAAAAAGAUCCUACUUAUCAAACCUCUCUCCGACUCAUCUGACCAAAUAAUGUUGGUGCUAUCAGUAUUCAUUUCCCAACAAGGCAUAUUGCUCGAGACCUAGCGGCAGCGUUGCCACUGAGGACCAUUUCAACAUUUCCUUUGAGAUGACUGCUGUUCAUCAUCUUUAGUGUGGUUUUUAAUGUAUGUUUUCUGAAAGGGCGAGUCCACUUUUCUCCUCCCCUGCUGUCUCACACCUCCUCUGGGUCCAUGGGGCCCUCGGCACCCUGGGGUGCAUCAGUGUGGAGCCGCAGGAUGGGUUUGUUACACAUGGGGCACACGCUGCGGAUCUCAAGCCACUUAAGCAGGCACCUGACGAAGUAAAAACAGGGAGAAAAAAAUAUCAGUUUACUUCCUCAAUAGAAAGGGAACUGUGUUUGUUUUUUUUUAUUAAGACUUGGACAGUUGUGUCUCUACAUCAGUACAGUCGAGGAAACGUCCCAGUUUCUUAUUCUCCAUCAGUAGCUGUUUUGUUGGGUUUUUCCUACAGAGACAUUUUUUAAUAAGCUUCUUGAAACUCAAAUGUUUGCUGAUGUCUGUGGUUUGAAACUGCUUAGAGAAAUCCACAUCAUGGUGUUAUGACUUUAAAAGAUAGUGUCUGAUGGGCUGAUGGUCUGAUAGGCUAACUAACAUCUCUUGAGUUAAUUGGAAUCAAACCUGCGUACACAGAGGCUUCUCUCCAUAAGAGCAUGGGUAAACACGGAGAAAACAACCAAGACAUCAAUAAAAUAAAUGAAACCUUCACAAGUUUUGUGCACGGUUGGAUUCAAUUUCCAGAGGCCUGAAGCUCCUACGAUCCUCUGUUCAGACGACCAUGAACACCAGGACGCAGAGCCAUCAUUACAUUCACAACGGAGACGGCUUCUGUGUCUCAGAGAUGUUUGUACUCUGGUGUGAAAUGUGUAAAUAGCCCAGAACAACAAAAUGCCUUGUAAUGGUGCUGGCUGAAAUGUGGAAAAAACUUUGUAAUCCACAAAGAUCUUCUGUACAAACAUGAACUGAAAGGCUCCGAAAACAUCAUUUAAAAAAACAACAAAAAAGCCAGAUUACCGUGUGCAUGUGCACAGA